GCACCGAAUUGUUGCUAAACUCGACCUUUCUUUGUCAUUUCAAAACACAUGUCCGCCUCACCAGCAACAACAGAGACACACGGUAUCUUGGUAAGAAGAGACCCUUGGUAUCGUCAUCCCAUGUUUGUAUGGGUUUUAAAAGCUACCGCCAUCAAUUUCAUUCUGCCGUUCUUCAAUGGCGUUAUGUUGGGUUUCGGUGAAAUCUUUGCAAAUGAAUUCAUGUACAAGUACGGUUGGUUCGGCUUCUCUCGACCUGCGCUAGGCAUCAAUGGUGUUCAUCCCAAUGCUACAAGAGAAUAUAAAACCACAAUUCAAACAGAAGUUAAGAGAGAACAACAACAACUGCAAAACGAAGGCGUUUUACUCUUAGAUUAAUGUACGCUGGAUGACAUUAAUUUGUAUCGUUUAGGAGUCAAAAUAAGCCCACUUUUGUGAAUACAGCUCCUAACCGUUCUGACCGAUUAAAAAAACCCAUGAUGAACUUAUAUACUACACUUAUAGACAGAUCAGUUAAUUUGUACAUCAGAACAGGAGAACCUAUACAUCAUUAUCAAUAAAAUCUUUUUCUAACAAAAGAAAACCAACUUGGAAGAUAUACAGCGCAGAAAAUAGACGCGUUUCUAUGGGGGCUUUUUGAAAAGCUAGUAUUUUUAUCUACUUUCAAACUUGCAUUAAUAGUCUUUUUAUUUACGA